AUGCACUUCUUUCUCAAAGAAUGUUUGUGCGUUGACGGCCAGCGUGCCCACAAGCGCUCGCCCUUGGAAAUCGUCGUAGGCACUCAGGGAAUCAUCCCUCUCUGGGUGAAGGGUGCCGUUCUGCGCUAUCGCUUCAAUGACAUCACACUUCAGCAAUCGGGCAGGACCAAGGAGGAAAUCCUCAACCUCUUCCGGAAGGCGGUCGACAUGUGGGGAGAUGCAGCCCCAGUCAAGUUCACUGAGGACAACGUUGUCUGGGAUUUCGAGUUCGAUGUGCGCAAAGACAAAUUCUGCUUUGACGGCGGUUGCGUUCUCGCGGAGGCCUUCUUCCCAGACACCGGCCAACACAAGCUUGUUAUAUAUCCAUCGAUGUUCGAUCACAACGAGGCUGAACAGGUGGAAACGCUGGUUCACGAGCUUGGCCAUGUCUUCGGUCUCCGCCACUGGUUUGCGAAAGACGAAGAUGGGGAUGGCUGGCACUCGGAGAUUUUCGGCAGAAAUGGCCGAGUCACCAUCAUGAACUACGACAAUUAUAAGAGCCUUAAAGCCAAUCAGAGCUCUCUUACCGACGCCGACAAGACUGAUCUCCUUCGACUCUACGUUCAGGCGCGGAGUGGCCAGCUCACGCAUAUCAACAAAACGCCCAUCGAGUUGUUCGAGCCCUUCAGCUCUCGGAUGCUUACAGCCAGUGCCCCCAAGCCCUAA